CGUGGGAAUUUAGUGGUUUGUGUAAUUGUGAGGAUGAGUUUACAACAUUGUAGCGUUUGUGGAUGGCCGGGACAAUCUGAUUGUCGAUUUACCUACUAACAUCCGGUAUGUCCGUUGUAAUACCAAGACGUUUUAUAAUUGCUUAGUGUUGUGAAUCACAUGCAUUUUUCUUGACGAUCCCCGCUUAUUGUACAAGAAGUAGGAAAUACAGAACAUACUUUGCGACGCUGUUGCGACCUUUGGUUAACCGAUCGCCUAAUGACGUCAUGCUUGUCAUUUUGAAAACACAACUCGUUGCGACAUCAACGAGCUAAACGCUACCGCCGCGUGGAAAUUUACAAGUUAACUCUCUCUCUCUCUAGCUCUAUUUGCACAGUCGGUUUCUUCCUACCGCAUUACAAAACAAACCAAUAAAUUGAACAAGAAGUUCCUGUUUGAGACAGAAGUUGCACACCAAUGUUCUUAUGAAAUACGAAUGCUUACUUUUUAGACGAAAUCGAAAAGGAACCUUUUAGGACUAGGUUAACAUCGUCGUAGCCGUGAAGAAGGAGAACAGUUCUCGCUUUCUCGAUCAUUUCUUUGUUACGCCGGCCUUUUUUCCGCCUCUUCAUAAAAGAGCAGACAGUGCCAGAUACCUUUGUUAUAUACCUGAUUACGUUGUGUUGGUGUGGUAUUGGUAACAAGAGGAAAUGGAAGAUAACAGCGUCAGUGUAAACGUAUCAAGUAGACAGCAUACUUCCUACAAUACAUUUGGUAAUAUGGUGAACAAUCAGCAUACACCGCUUCUUAAUUCAUCAGAUGAUGAUAAUAAUGACAACAGGGAUUCGAACUAUAAUGACGAAGAAAUAGAUGUAUCAAUUCUUGAUAGGCGGCAUGUCAAUCCCAAUGCAACAUCUGAUGCAGCCACACUUAUGCACUUACUGAAAGGCAACAUUGGCACGGGACUUCUUGGACUUCCGUGGGCAAUAUGGCAUGCUGGGCUUGUACUUGGACCCGUGCUCUUGGUUGUGAUGGCAAUAGUUUGUGUGCAUUGCAUGCACCUUCUCGUUAAAUGCUCUAAGCACUUCUGCAGGAAAUAUGGCGUUCCAUCCAUGGAUUAUUCUACAGUCAUGACACAUGCUGUGAGAAACGGACCCAUCCACUCCUUGCAUAAAUAUGCUGACAAAUCUCGUUACAUAGUUGACACUUUUCUUAUGAUCACGCAACUGGGCUUCUGUUGUGUGUAUUUUGUAUUCAUGGGUCAAAAUAUACGGCAGGUAGUUGCACAUUACUGGCAACACACACCGGAUGCACGUGUUUUUAUGGCAGUUAUUUGUAUUCCCAUCAUAUUACUAUCAUUCAUAAGAUCUCUAAAAGUUCUGGCAUGGUUUUCAGUGAUGGCUAAUAUCCUUACAGUGGUGUCACUUGGAAUCAUAUUUAGGUUUAUUAUACCGGGGCUUACCACUGUUAACAGACCAUUGGUAGCAAAUGUAACUUCCAUUCCAAUGUUCUUUGGAACUGCUGUAUAUGCUUUUGAAGGAAUUGGAGUGAUUCUUCCAAUUGAGAACGAAAUGCGCAACCCAGAGCAUUUCCCUACAGUACUGAAUGUUGGGAUGUCACUUGUAUCCACCCUCUACCUUUCAGUUGGGGUGGUGGGCUAUUUACAGUACGGACCUUCAAUUUGUGGCAGCAUCACUCUCAAUUUGAACAACGCAGACCCGUUGUGCCAAAGUGUGAAAAUAAUGCUUGCACUUGUCAUGGUGGCAUCAUAUGCCAUCCAGUUUUACGUUCCAAUUGAGAUAAUUUGGCCUAAAAUAAAGCGACGUUUCAUGCCUAGUAACCAGCUGUCGUGGGAGCUCUUAUUCCGUACAUUUCUCGUCAUGUUUACAUGUUCUUGUGCAAUAGCAAUUCCAAACUUGGGUGACUACAUCUCGCUUAUCGGGGCAUUCUCGUCCUCCUUCCUUGCUCUUAUUUUACCCCCAAUAAUUGAACUUCUCACGUUUUCAAGCCAAUCAGAAGUGGGAGAUCAAGAACCAUUGGUGGAAAAAGUUGUUUCAAAAAGCAGAACAACCUCUCUUUCGAAACUUCAAAUCUUAAAAAACGUUGUCAUCGUUGUUUUCGGCUUCUCUGGCUUUGUUGCCGGCACCAUUGUCUCGGUGAAAGCAAUAGUAAAGGAUCUCAGCAGCAGUGACACCACCAGUGUUUGCAAUGGCAAUGACCACCAUAUGACCAUACCCUACACAAACUACACAACGCCUUCCUAUACCACCCAGCCUUACAGCACACCAUCCUACUUUCCAACAUCCGCACCAGCUGGCUUACUGAACACUACCACUUCUACUUAAACCAUCCAUUUCACAAGUUGUGCCGCAGCUACACUUCAAAAUAGUGUUCUGACCGCAGAAUCCUAUUACAUACUGUUACCAUUAAGUGGUUAUGUGCUGCUGUUGGCUGUGAUACAGUAUUGAAUUUACUUUCAACAAGGUUAGAAACUCUUUGCUGGGUAUAUGUGGCAACCACAAAAGAUAUGUAUUUAUUUCGUUAUAAAGAGUUUUAUUUUUCAGUUGAGUGCAAUAUUUGGCAUAGUCCUUAAGCAAGUGAGCAACACCUAAAGUUAUUUUGGUCGUCAAUAUCGCCACAUGUGUUAUUUAUGUACAUUAAACUCUUUAGUACAAGUUUAACUGAACAUUAGAUAAUUUUUUUCCUUUCUUCUCAUUGCUCAUUUUACUGAAACUGAAUUUUAAUUCCUUUUUAUUGUUCUUUCUAAGUACUAGUACCAGAAUACAAAGCUUGUUGUUAAAAGACAAUGAUUUUUAACGCUUGCCAACUUCAAACGCCUUAAAAUUGUUACAUGUACAUGUUAAACGCAACUUUAAUGUUCGUUCCAAAUUCAGACACAUCAGUUAUAGAAUUGUUUGCUCACUCGUUAUUGAAGUAUCGUUUGCUUUUUCAACAAAUGUAUUUAUAGCAGGUCACCUGCUGUGUUUCCAUUCUCACUGUUGCUGCUUGCGGACAAGUGUUGUCCUUUCUGUGGACGAUUCGUUGCAAAUAAAAAUUGGUGAACAUGAA